AGCAGAGAGAAAACCAGGCCUGAGAACUGCACUUCUAGCAUACUUCUGAAUAUGGUGUGAACUUCAGAAUAUCAGAUAACACAGCUAUGGUGUGUCACUUUGUGUGACUCUGUGUGUGUGUGUGUGACUCUGUGUGUGUGUGUGUGUGUGUGUGUGUGUGUGUGUGUGUGUGUGUGUGUGUAUAGGGGGUGGGGAGACAGGGAGAAAAUGAGAGAGCACCUGGGAUGAAAAGGUGCUAGAGUACUUUCUCCUCCUCUUUCUGUCAAUGUGAGGCACGAGCUAAACACAUGAAAUGCACAGAAGUACCAGGAUGAGAUCUGGCUGGAUUAAAGGAUUACUUCUGACCUUUGCCUUGGCUUCGGCCCUGCUGUACCUUGGAUCCAUCAAGAGGGAAGUCCACACCCAUUCGGAGAGGCUCCAGAGGGCCCACCAGAAUGACUCCAUCAGGGGUCAAGGAAUGCUGAAGAGGAUGGACAAGAUGGAGGCAGACAUCAACAGGCUGCUCAAUCUGAUGAAUAAAAUCGAAAAGAAGGAACCAGUGGCACAGAAGGACGCAGAGGUGAAGAAGGAGAGGAAGGUGGUGAGGAAGCUGUUCCCAAACUCGCAUCUGUUCAGCAAGUGGGGCAGUGAGCUGUCAGAAGAGGAACAGAAGGAGGCGGAGGAGCUGUUUCAGAGAUAUGGCUACAAUGCUUUCCUCAGUGACAGACUCCCUCUCAACAGAGAGAUCCCUGACACCAGACCCCCCAGGUGUGCUGAUAAGAAGUACCCGGAGGAUCUGCCAACCGUCAGCGUUGUGUUAAUCUACCUGGACGAAGCUCUGUCCGUCAUCAAGAGGGCCAUCCGCAGCAUCAUAGACAAGACGCCGGCUCAGCUGCUGAAAGAAAUCAUACUGGUGGACGAUCACAGUAGUAACGAGGAUUUAAUGGAGAAACUGGAUGAAUACAUCACCUUGAUCCAUGAGGAGCGUCCAGGCCUGGUGAAGAAAGUCCGGCACUCUCAGCAGCUCGGCCUCACCCAGGCCAGACUGUCAGGAUGGAAGGCUGCUGUUGCGGAUGUGGUGGCCAUUUUGGAUGCUCACAUAGAAGUCCAUGUGCAGUGGGCAGAGCCAUUGUUGGCUCGUAUUAAGGAGGAGCGCACUGUGAUACUGACUCCAGUGUUUGACCGAGUCAAUUAUGAUGACUUGAUGCUGACUCCCUACAUACCUGCAGCUGAUGCCUUUGACUGGGCCCUGUGGUGCAUGUACGAGUCCUUCAGACCUGAGUGGUACGCUUUAAAAGACGACUCACAACCUGGAAAGAGUCCGUCUAUCAUGGGGAUUCUUGUGGCUGACCGCAAGUUCUUUGGAGAGAUCGGGAGCCUCGAUGGUGGAAUGAAAAUAUACGGUGGUGAAAAUGUGGAGCUUGGCAUCCGGGUGUGGCUUUGUGGUGGAAGCAUAGAGGUUAUACCCUGCUCUAAAAUCGCUCACAUUGAACGAGCAUCAAAACCUUACCUCCCAGACCUGAGUGUGAUGAUGAAGCGUAACGCACUGAGGGUGGCAGAGGUGUGGCUGGAUGAAUAUAAGCAUAAUGUCAACAUUGCCUGGAACCUUCCUCUGGAGAAUCAUGGGGUAGACAUUGGGGAUGUGUCAGAGAGGAAGAAGCUGAGAAAGAAGCUGAAUUGUAAGCCCUUUAAGUGGUACCUGGAUAAUGUAUACCCCCUGCUGGACCCCCUGCACGACCUCCUCGGCUAUGGAACUCUGAUAAAUGACAUGAAGCCAGAUCUCUGUAUUGACCAAGGCCCAAUGCCUGGGAACACACCCAUUGUUUAUGGAUGCCACCACUACUCACCUCAGCAUUGUUAUUAUCGCACCAAUGGGCAUCUAUACAUUGGGGGAAUUAAAUCUCACAAGUACAACAGCAACCGCUGUCUGGUGGACUCUGGCACUGGAGUCUACCCGGGACUGUAUGAGUGUAAAAUUGCCCAGCAGAAGAAGUUCCACAUGCUGUGGGAUUUUGAACAGGACGGACCUAUCCAGAACAGAGAGACAAAGAGAUGUCUGGAGGUCGCGAUGGGUAAUGAUGGCUAUUACAAACUUGUUGUUCAGCAGUGCACUGGUCAGAGGUGGAAAAUACAAAAUCUCCUCAAAGACCACCUGGUGGGCAGGUCCCACAAGACAAGACAAUAAAGGAGCCGUCAUUGCACAGAGACUGC